AUGCCAGUUAAGACUAUUGUGCUCACAUCUGCAUCUUGCGCGACAUGGGACGAUCCAGAUCUAACAGAACGAGUGAAACUAAAACGAGAGCGCAGUCCCCAGCUAUACAACCUCAUUGGCUUCUUUCACCGCCAGGAAAAGCAAAAAUUCUCCGUGCAGGCCCUCGCUCGUCGAGGGGUGACAGCAAUUGCCCUUCCAGAUGUAGAAUCACUCUUGUCAGGCGAGGGUCAUUUUCGACCACAUGCUACCUUCCAUCCUAAGAUAAAGGUGGAUGCCUUUGACAUUCGAGAUCCAAACUCGGAGGAAGAUGCAGCUCACUGGUACUUGGAGAUUCUGAAUAUACUGGAAAGAAAGACUCAGCAAAAGCUUGCUAAAACCCGUCCACGCGUCCGCAACUUUGCUAAUGAAUACGGCCCGUGGGCUUCACUUGUAACCCAAAACCCGUUCUUCGGUGUGAUAGAUGGGUUUUGGGAUAGUGGAGUCAGGAGUGAAGAGCGGUACAUCCAGACUCUGAAGGAAUGGAGGGGCCCAGGUCAAGAAUCCGAAAAUGCGAUCUACAGCUCUCCUCCCCAUGUCCCUCCCCCCAUGUGA